AUGGUCCGAGCUGAGUUCUAUCGCUGGAUCAAUCACAAGGCUGUGGUUAGUGGGUGGGGAUUUCAAUGUUAUCAGUAUGUGGCAGAAUAUACGGGGAGGGCAGCCCAGGAUCUUAGGGCAAUCUCUGACUUUAAUACGGCAAUUUUUGAUUGCCAUCUCCAGGAGCUUCCUUACUCUGGCAGUCCUUACACAUGGUCGGGUAUUGGAGCAGGUGCUAGAAUCUGGAAACGAUUGGAUAGGGUAUUAGCCAAUCACCAGUGGCUCAGUUUCUUGCCAAACACUUCUGUCCAGCAUCUUAAUCGUGCCACUUCAGACCACUCCCCGCUUCUAGUGACCCUGCAGCCCGCUAAUUCAAGUGUUCCGAAAUCCUUUAAGUUUCAAACUUUUUGGAUCUCGGACCCUGAUUUCCUAUCGGUGGUGCAGAGUAAUUGGGAAUUGCCGACACAAGGAUAUGGCAUGUACCGGUUAGCCUUCAAACUCAAGCAACUAAAAGCAUGCUUAAGACAAUGGAACAAACACUGUUUUGGAGAUAUCUUUCAAAUCGCUUGGCAACGCGAGAUAGAGGUUCAGCAAAAGGAAGUCCUGUAUGAGGCAAACCCAAUGGAUGAGAUGAGGUCUGAUCUCCACCGUGUGCAAGCCCUCCUGUUGCACAGCCUACAUAUUCAAGAGGACUACUGGUGCCAAAAUGCACGCUUAAGAUGGCUAAAGAAUGGUGACUGUAAUACACGGUUCUUCCAUGCUUCAGUUCGGGAUAAACGUUCGAAACUGGCUGUACACCGCAUUAAAGAUGAGGGGGGGCAUGGGUUGAAGAUGAGGAGCGAAUUGCAUAAGAAGCGGUUAACUUUUUUCAGCGGCUCUUGA